UUAUUACCUCAAGUCAAUGAAAUUUUAUUCACAUUUGGAAUGGAAACUUUCAUCCUGGCCUUCAACCUGGGGUGCUCUAGUUCUGCGUUCAUGGACUGCAAGCCGUCGAAUUAGGUUUGGACUCAACAUUGCCUCAAGUUCUCGCGAGAUCCUACUUGGUCAGAAUGUUGAUAACAAAGCCAAACUUCAAGGAUAAGCUAUAUGCGCAGGAACUAUCUACCAACAAGAAAAAAACUGGAAAUCCGUUUAUUUGAACACAAUACCCUAUAUUUUUGCAACCACAAAUUGAUACAGGACAAAUUCACGAUCCAUUAUGGACCCGACUUUGGCACUCAAAUAUUUAUCGGCUUGUCCAUAGCGAUUAUAAUGACAAUUCAGAAAAAUUAUCUCUUUGACGGUUUGGGUGGCUUCUCUUUCUCUCUUAUCCAACUCUUUAUCACGGAAAUUAUUUUAUUCACUAGUUUAGUCUUCUAGCUAGUGUUUAUAUUUUAUGAAAAGAAAAAGUAGUAAUACUAUAUUUCAAUUCUCAUUUAAAUAAAA